AUGCAAGUGGAACUUCAGUAUUUGGAAACAGCAGGCUUCUGUGGAGGAACACCUGAAUUUCAUCUCCCUGGAUGCAAAUUUAAAGUCUCGAAAGGGAAACUGUCCCUUGCAUGGAAGAUAGUAAUACCGACACUUUCUGGGCUGUUAUGUGUAACUCUGGUGCUUUCUGGUUAUUUCCUAUGUUUAUCUAGAAAGAAAAGAAAUGAACCUGCUUCAGACUUUGCCGAAAAUUUGCAUUUGAUGGUGUCUUACCAUAGUCUCGCAAAAGCUACUAAUGGUUUUUCCUUGUCUAAUUUGAUUGGAGCUGGUAGUUUUGGAUCUGUAUAUAAAGGAAUUCUUGAUCAAAGUGGAAUGGUUAUUGCUGUCAAGGUGUUUUACUCUUGGAAUGAUUUCAAAGCUCUUGUCUAUGAGUUCAUGGCUAAUGGGAGUCUAGAGGAGUGGUUACAUCAGAAGCCAACAGCAGAGGAGACACAAGCGACACCGAGGAGUUUAAAUUUGCUUCAGAGACUAAAUGUCGCCAUUGAUGUUGCUUGUGCAGUGGGUUAUCUUCACCAUCAGUGUGAAACACCAAUAGUUCAUUGCGAUCUCAAGCCAAGCAAUGUUCUCCUGGACAAUGAUAUGACAGGACAUGUAGGUGAUUUUGGAUUGGCAAGAAUCCUUUCAGAAGCCGCGCCUGCUAGUCAAACAAGUUCAGUUGGAGCGAGGGGAACUGUUGGUUACGCUGCUCCAGAAUAUGGGAUGGGAAGUGAAGUGUCAACAAGUGGUGAUGUGUACAGCUAUGGCAUCCUCUUGUUGGAGAUGUUUACAGGAAAGAAGCCGACCAAUGACAUGUUUAAAGAAGGUUUGAACCUUUACAACUUUGUCAGGGCAGCUUUGCCUGGAAAAAUGCCAGAGAUUGUGGAUCCAUUUCUGUUUCAAGAAAUUGUCAAAUGGGAAAAUGGGUGCGCAGGAGGCUGUAGAGUUCCGAAGAGCUUAGUUUCCAUAUUUGAAAUUGGAGUUGCUUGUUCUGCAGAACUUCCACAAGAACGGAGGAAUAUCAGCAAGGUUGUGGCAGAGCUGCAAUCAAUAAAAAACGAACUCCUUGGAGCUAGGGGACAAACAAGGAACAAUUACACUGUAAUCACAUUUGGGUAA